AGAGGCAGGAGUGAAUGGAAUCAUGAAGACAUGUUCAGUAGUUAUUACAAAUUUAAGGACUUUAAGUGAUUAUGAUUCUCAACAGUUACAUUUAUAUAAUUUAUUUUUAUUCUCAUCUUAAUUCCUUUUCUUUAAUCAUUUAAUUAAUUUAUUCAGCAAUUGAUUAUUGAAUAGCUAUUAUCUUUUAGAAAUUGGUCAUACAAUGGUUUUUCUAUUCUUGAGUAGCUUUAGGAGUAAGAAGAUAAACAGAUUAAAAAGAUGAAUAAAUAAAUUAAUAUGUAAUUCUAAUAGUACUUAAAGCAAGGAUUUAAUUAGAUAUUAUCUGGAAUACCCUUUUGAGGAAAUGACUUUUAACCUGGGACUUGGAUGAAGAGGAGCCAGCCAUACAAAGAAUCUAGUUGAGAGGAUUCCUGGCAGAUGGAAUAGGCUGUGAAAAGCUAUAAGAUAGUUGUUGAAAGGAAGUUAGUGUGGUUGUAGCAUAAUGAGUAAAAGGGAAACAGACUCAAAAUGAGGUCUUAUAGGUAAGCAGAAACCUUGUAUUCUCAUGGUAAUGAGUUAUAUUUUUAAAAUUUCAGUUCAAUGGAAAACUGUAUUAGUUUGGGUGUAGGUUUAGCUGCAUGUGACAGAGACCCAAAAUAACAUAGUAGUUUAAACUAUGCAGAAAUUUAAUUUUCUCCUGCCUUAAAGUCCAGGCUGGAAUGGCAACUCUGUUAUACAAAAUCAUGUGCCAGAUAUGACACCACAUCCACAUUGCAACCAGCAUUGCUGAGGAAGAGGGAGAGAAUAAAGGCUAUAAGGCAUGGGCCAGUUGGAUCUUAAGGAAAGUUCCCAGAAGCUACUACAUAAUACUUCUACAUUUGUUUAGGUAGAACCCAGUUAUAAGGCAUACCCAGCUGCAAAGAAGCCUUGGAAAUGCACUGUUUAUAUUGGGUAGCCUUGUAAAAACCAAAGGUUCUGUCAAUAUACGAAAAGGGAAGAAUAGAUAUUUGGGGAUAACUAGCAGUCUCUGACAUAUAAGCCUUUGACCUGAUGGAGAGUGUUAAACAUAGACUCUUGUAGAUUCUGAUUCAUUUGAUCUCAUUUUAAGACUGAUUCUUGUAGAUUUUUUAUUCAUUUUAUCUAGGGUGUUUCAAAAACAUCCAUAAUUGCAACAAGUUCCCAAAAUGAUUCUGAGGUUGAUCAAAAUUUCAGAACCAUUGACCUAGCUUGUUUCCAUAAUUAACCUCCUCAGUUUCUUUCAUGAGCUUUCGUUUCUGUGUUCUUUCUAGCCUUUAUUCUUUCAAAUACAUGACAAUCUGUAAGACCUCUCCAAACCUUUCAUUUCAUAUGUGAAUUAUUUUCAGUUAUCUCUCAUUUCUACCGUAGAUAUUUUAUUUCUCUUAUAAUAGAAAACCAGUAAUUAAAAUUUGUUUCUUAUCUUUCAGACUUGGUAUCCAGGUGUGAGCCCAAGAAGUUAUCUCCAAAAAGGGACAUUUAUGAAACAGUAUCAUCCCAAUGGGCUAUUAUGGAACAACUUAAAAACCUUAGUCCUGAGAGAUCGAUUUUCAGAGAUAUUUGGGAAUGCAAAAGUCAUUUUGAGAGACAACAGGGACAACAGGAGGGCUGUUUCAGGCAAUUUAUGAUCAACCAUGAAAACAUGUCCAUCUUUAGCCCACAUACUUUACUCACUCAGGAAUUUUUUAAUAGAGUGAAAAUCUCUGAAUGUAAGCAAUGUAGAGAAAACUUCAGUUGCCAUUUAUUCUUUAGUCACCACAAAAUAACUCACUCUAAAGCAAAACUUUAUGAAUGUAAAGAAUGCACAGAAAUAGUUAAUACAUCAUACCUUGUUAAACAAUGGAGAACUCAAAAUAAUGACAAAUACAAUGAAUAUAAGGAGUGUUGGAAGGCCUUUAUUCAUUGCUCACAAUUUAAACAACAUCUAAGAAUUAAUAACUGUGAAAAGCGCUAUGAAUGUAAAGAAUGUGGGAAGGCCUUUAAUUACGGCUCAGAACACACUCUACAUCAGAGAAUUCACACUGGUGAGAAACCUUAUGAAUGUAAGGAAUGUGGAAAGGCCUUUAGACAGCGUUCACAACUUACUCAACAUCAGAGACUUCAUACUGGUGAGAAACCCUAUGAAUGUAAGCAAUGUGGGAAGGCUUUUAUUCGUGGCUUUCAACUUACUGAACAUCUUAGACUCCAUACUGGUGAGAAACCCUAUGAAUGUAAGCAAUGUGGAAAGACUUUCAGGCAUCGCUCACACCUUACCAUACAUCAGAGGAUUCAUACUGGUGAGAAACCCUAUGAAUGUAAGGAAUGUGGGAAGGCCUUUAGCUAUCACUCAAGCUUCUCUCACCAUCAGAAAAUCCAUUCUGGCAAGAAACCUUAUGAAUGCAAUGAAUGUGGGAAGGCCUUUUGUGAUGGCUUACAACUUAAUCUACAUCGGAGGAUUCAUACUGGUGAGAAGCCCUAUGAGUGUAAGGAAUGUGGAAAGACUUUUAGACAGUGCUCACAUCUUAAAAGACAUCAGAGAAUUCAUACUGGUGAGAAACCUCAUGAAUGUAUGAUAUGUGGUAAGGCCUUUAGGCUUCAUUCACACCUUAUUCAACAUCAGAGGAUUCAUACUGGUGAGAAACCCUAUGAAUGUAGGGAAUGUGGGAAGGCCUUCAGCUAUCAAUCAAGUUUCUCACACCAUCAGAUAAUUCAUUCUAGGAAGAAACCAUAUGAAUGUGGGAAGCCCUUUAAUCGUGGCUCACAACAUAAUCCACACCAGACACUUCAUCCUGGUGAGAAGCCAAUAAAGUUUUCUCUCCUCCCUCCCCGUUGUGGUCUAGUGCCAUGAAUAUAUUCUUGGAGAUACAGUUUUUCUUCUUUUUAAGGAAAAACUUGAUAAGAUACUGAGUUUUAUUAGUAUUGAUUUAUUUCAGUAAUCCUUGAAAAAUUGAAUGUUCUAUUUCAAGUGGGAAAAUGGAAAAGUUACUAAAUUAGGUGUGGUUUUAACACGGUUUCUAAGUUAAUGUAAUAAGAACUGUUGUAAAUAAAAUUUUCUAGAAUUAUCUAACACGUUUUCACUGCAACCAAUGAAGUAUGGCAGAAAUAAAAUGAAAACAAUCUCUUCUCCCAGAAAUCCCUGAGGUAAUCAAUAUCUGUGUUGCUUCUUUCUUCAUGCUGAAACAUACCUGCACAUAUGAAGGGUUUGUUGCAUGUGUGUGGAGGAGGUUUACCUCCUAUCAUGACAUAUUUCACUGCAACUUGCCUUUUUCACUUAAUAAAUAAUCACAGACAUUUUCCAGGUCAAUAUAGAUUUAACUCAUUCUUUUUAAAGCUUUAAAAAUUCAUUAUAGUCAGAAUAUAAAGCUCUAGUAUGAAAUAUAUGUUAGUAUUUUGAGCCAUUUUCUACUGUAGACAUUCAAGUAGUUUCUAUUUCCUUUUCACCGGAAACUAUCAUGCCAUAAAUAUCCUUAUGUGGUCAUUCUUUUAUUUCUGUCAGGUAGAUACCCAACAGAUUCCUGGGUCAAAGAGUAUCUGGAUUGUAUGUGCAUGUGUGUAUGUUUUGAUAUUACAUUAAUCUUUCAAGGAUGUUUUUAUUUUUUGUUUAGAUAAUAAAAGUACAUGUGACAAAAUUGAAAAAUUACAGAAAAGUAACGUGUAAAGUAAAUCUCCCCUAACAUCCAGUCCUAUAGUCACCUAUUGCCCUCCACAGGGGCAACUGUUGCUACCAGUUUCUUUUGUAGUCUCCUUGAGUAUUCCUGAUAUUCCACGUUGUCCUUUGGACAACAGUGAAUUAAUCAAAAUUCUUAUAUCAUGACAAAUUCUCUUCAUUGGUCCACAUUGACGUACUUUCAGUUAUUUAUUUUGAAAAUAUUCUAGGAAUUUACAAACAUGAUGCCAGUUAUCAACUUACUGCCUUUCAGCUCCCAACACUUCACUGCCUGCUCUGUAAUAAUGGGACUGAACUCUGUAAUACUCCUUUUUUGAUAGCUGGCAUGAUGUUAAAGCUUUGUCAGUAGAGAGCACUGGAGUGACA